UGUCAAAAAAAAAGUAAACAAACACUUUCCAAAAUAUUUAUUUACAAUCUGCUCGGGAUACUAACAUAACCAGUUUUGGGGCCCAACAAUGCUCCCGGGGAUCGGCGUUUUUGGCACGGGGCCGGUGGUCAAAGUCCUGGUGCCGAUUCUACGCGAAAACGGCUUCAAAAUCGAGGCGAUUUGGAGCAGGACGGUGCAGGAGGCCCAGGAGACCGCCAAGGCCCUAAACAUCCCGUUUUUCACUAAUAAAAUCGACGACGUGCUACUGAGGAAAGACGUGGACCUCAUAUUCGUGCUGUGCUCCCCCAAUUUGCACGCCCAAAUAUCCGUAAAAGCCCUGGGUAUCGGGAAACAUGUCGUAUGUGAUAAACCCGCUGGCCUGAACCAGGCCGAUGCCUUAAAGAUGGUUAGGGCUGGCCAGUACUAUCCCUCCUUGAUAUCCCUUAUAAAUCAUUCGUUCAGAUUCCUCCCGGCUUUUAUCCAGUUAAAAAAGAAACUGGAAGACAACUACUUGGGUUCCCCCAUAACCCUUGUAGACAUCCGGGUGCAAACUGGCUCCCUGUUCACUGAAACAGACUCUUUUGACUGGAAAUGUGACGGUAUGAUGGGAGGUGGUACCUUAAACCUCAUCGGUUCCCACAUCAUUGACUUAGUGACAUUUUUAACGGGGGAAAAGGCAGUUAGGGUGCACGGGGUGGUGAGAACUUUCACAAAACACACCGAAACCAUCAAAGGAAUCAGGCAAAUCACCGCCCCGGACUUUUGCGCCUUCCAAAUGGAAUUAUUCUCUGGCAUAUUGGUCACUGUGACCAUCAACAGCCAUACUGUCGGGAACACUUUUCAACAGGAGGUGAUUGUCUGUAGCAGUACAGGACACUUGGCUGUGCGGGGGGGAGAUUUAUUCGGUCGAAAGAGCAAAAGUACCGAGGAAGUGAUUUAUUUGGACGUGGAGGACCUGAAAUGCCCCGUACCGAACUCGGUUCUACCGAAAACGUUCGUCAAAGGGCUCUGCAAGAUGGUGGCGGCCCUAAGGGAGGCUUUUUUGCCAGUGAACGACCAAGCGGGGUGGAUUAAGGAGCCCGUGUCUACAGCGGCCAACUUCGAGGACGGUCUGUACGUGCAGGCUGUUCUCGGCGCCAUAAAACAGUCCUCGCAGACCAGACAGUGGGUCAGGGUCAACGUUAUGACCGAACAGCCGGAUAAAAAUGAGUUGCUGAGCGCUGUGGUCAGACGAACGGCCAUUUCUAUGUCGUGAAUUUUGUUCUAAGAAUCUCGGUUUUGUUGUCGUUCUUAAGGGUAGUUUUAGGGGUAGAUAAGCUGAUCUGUUAGUCUAUAAGUUUGUUUUUUUAUAUGAUGCAAUAAAUUUUGUCGUUUAUGGUA